GCACAUCUCGGAAGUACUACUACAGUACAGCCAACUUCCUGCCCAGCCAUACAGGGAAUGGCCUGCAUAAUUGUUAGCGCUGUCGGGCUGAAAAUAUUACGCAUUUCCCCAGCUAUAGUUUACAGUGCUCCAGAACCAUUCUUUACGUAGGAUAAUAAGUUUACAGUGCACCGGAAGCACUCUUUACGUAGGACACUAUCACCGGUACGUCUAAGUUAAGUUGGACUAAAGAAAGGAAUUUUGUAGAUAGUGUUUUCCUUUUAGGGGUUGUAAGUGUAUGCUCAUUGCACUGUACUAGCAGCAGAUCUUAGGUGAAUUGAGUUUCUCAUGUUUCAGAAGGGAAUGGCUUCAGUGCACGAUUUAUUUUCUGGCCCCGAAGAACUGGAAGACGAAAACCAUGCUCGUUCACUGCUAAAGGAGUUAAAGGUUUUGUAUGAUUCUGAGCAGCUGUUUGAUGUGAUCAUUGAAGUGAUCCCGUCUUUUGAUCGGUAUUCUUUCGGCCCGGACAGAGGCAAAUUGUUCCGGUGUAACAGGAAUGUCUUGGCUGCUGCAAGUCCUUAUUUCAAGAGCAUGUUCACGGGUGGCCUUUAUGAAAGUAAACAGAAGCAAGUGACAAUUCAUGAUGUGGACACUGAAUCUAUGGCUUUGAUUAUUGAUUACUGUUAUACCGGCAAAGUGACUGUGUCUGAAAGUAAUGUACAGCCGUUGUAUGCUGCUGCCAAUAUGCUACAACUUGAGUACAUCAGGCAAGCUUGUAUCAGCUUCAUGACCAGGAGAAUGGAUCUUUCUAACUGUGCGGGGAUCCUGAAAUUUGCUGAUGCGUUUGAUAGCCAAGAGCUGAAGAGCAAGGCAUUGGCUUUCAUCGCAAGGAAUUUCCGGCAUCUUUACCAAAACAACGAAGAACUCAUGGACCUGAAUUUGAAUCAAAUAAAGGAAGUACUCCUUUUGAGCAACCUUGAUGUUGAAAGUGAAAGGAAAGUGUUUUUCUUUGCUGUUAGGUGGAUAGAAAGUAAUGUAGAAGAAAGGAGUGUAUGCUCCCCUGAAGUAUUUAAGUGCAUCCGGUGGCAUUCUUUCGGGGAUGAUGGCAAGGAAUAUGUUGAAGAGUUAUUAAGGUCAAAGUCAUUAAUCAGAAAACACUGCCAGGACUUUAUAGAAGACAUGCUGACUGCCAAAUUUGAUAACUUAGAAGGGACCAAAAGAAUUGGUAUGUUGGCAGAAGAGAUGGUAAUAUUUUUUGGCCACCCAAAAGAACCAUUUUUGUGCUACAAUCCAUAUUUUGGACACGUAUUUGCAAUGCCCUCACCUUUGAAUACUCUCACUCACAGCAGAAAUUGUACUUCUAGUGCUGUGUGUGUUUCAACAGACAAUGACUUAUAUUUAGCUGCCCAGCCUUCUAAACAGCUGUGGGUGUAUAAUGCUGUCAUUAAUACUUGGCAGCAGUUGCCAGACAGGUUAUUGGCAAGGGACGGCAUGGAUAUUGGGUAUCUUAAUGGUUUUAUAUACAUAAUGGGUGGCCGUGAUCCAUUUACUGGUGUUAAGAUUAAAGAUGUUGAAUGUUAUAACAUUCGGAAAAACCAGUGGAAGUUGGUGGCUGAGCUACCCCAUACUUUGUAUGCAUUUGAGUUGAUCGCAUUGGAUGGCUAUCUGUACGCAGUCAGCAGUAAGCGAAUGCUACGCUUUGACCCUGAUAGGAAUUGUUGGGUGAAUUGUGCUUCCCUAAAAUGUAAUGAGUUUCGAGAGGCAUGUGUCUUUAAUGGUGAAAUAUACUGUAUUUGUGAUAUGCCAGUUGUGAAAGUUUACAAUCCUGCAAGUGGAGAGUGGAGAAGAAUAUGUGAUAUUCCUGUUGAUGGCAAUACUGAACAUGUUCAGAUAGUUACUUGCAACAAUAAAUGUCUGCUUAUAACAACUACCACACCCCAGUGGAAGAGAAACCGGAUUACAGUACAUGAAUAUGACAUAAAAUGUGAUGAGUGGGUUAGUGUGGGCACAAUGCUUGGUUUGUUGCAUUAUGACUCACAUUUCAUAUGUCUUUCAGCACUUGUUUAUCCUUGCAAUUUGCAGACAGGGAAGAACUUUCUGUCUGAGGACCUUGAUGUCCAUAGUGAAUCUAGUGGUAAUUGGGAUUUUGAAGAUCUCUCUGAUGAUGAUUCAGAGUCCUAUAGCUCUAGUUCAUUGUCAGAGGACAGAGACUAAAAGGAACAACCUUACAUUUGGCAUCUUCAUUACUGUUGCUUAGAUUAUUGGGAGGUAUUAUAGUGCAGCUGCCCCCCCUUCUGCUGCUGUUUCCUCUUACUUACCAUAUAUGGCACAUGGCACUACCUCCAACACAAGCCCACCCAUUUCAUAGACAUGCAACUGCACCUUCUCUACAUUUUGUAGUAGGUAGGGCAACUAACAGAGUAGGGACCAGUCAUAGAGUCCUCUGUCCUGAGCAGGAUUUUGACUUUUUAAAUUGCUUUGCCUGACUUAACCCUUUGAGCAACCUGUGGCUUUUCUUGAACUAAGUCACUGAUAUGUGUAAGCAAGUGCCUUCCUUCACUGCUAUUGGUCCACCCAUUUGAGUACAUAAAAAGAUGUUUGAUGUAUCUGUAGUUCUGAUUUUUAAUUGGUCAAGAUUGUGUUUGAAUCAGACUGGAGGUUUGACUGUUUUGUUAGAUCCAAUGGUUUAAUUUUAUUCAUUUAAAAUUUUUUUGUCUUUAGUAAUGCUUUACAGAAAUGUAAUAUGGGAUACUUUGGAUGGACAAGUUAUAUAAAGACUUAAUUUUGAUGUGA